AUGCCUGGUCUGCCCGCCAGCGUCGACCUGGACGAAUGCAUCGAUCGCCUGUACCGCAAGGAGCUGCUCGCCGACUCCGUCAUCGAGGCAAUAUGCGCCAAAACGAAAGAGCUGUUGAUGAAGGAGAGCAAUGUCGUGCACAUACAGGCGCCUGUCACGGUCGUCGGUGACAUUCACGGACAAUUCUUCGACAUGAUAGAGAUCUUCAAGAUUGGGGGAUACUGUCCAGACACGAACUAUCUCUUCCUGGGCGACUACGUUGACCGCGGUCUGUUCAGCAUAGAGACGAUAUCUCUGCUCGUCUGCCUCAAGCUACGUUACCCACAACGCGUGCACCUCAUCCGGGGCAACCACGAAAGCAGAGGUGUCACACAAUCCUACGGCUUCUACACCGAAUGUAGCAGGAAAUACGGCAAUCCAGCCGUCUGGCAUCACUUCACCGACAUGUUUGACUACUUGAGUCUUUCAUGCGUCAUCGACGACAAGAUAUUUUGCGUUCACGGCGGCUUGAGUCCCAGCAUUCACAGCAUUGACCAGAUCAAGAUCAUCGAUCGCUUCCGAGAGAUUCCUCACGAAGGUCCUAUGGCAGAUCUGGUGUGGUCGGAUCCGGAUGGCGAGCGCGACGAGUUCAGUCUGAGUCCCCGUGGCGCUGGCUAUACUUUCGGUGCGCAAGUCGUCAAGAAGUUCCUCGAAGUCAACAGCAUGACGCACAUUCUUCGGGCGCAUCAGCUUUGUAACGAAGGAUAUAUGGUCAUGUUCGAUGAUCGUUUAUCGACAGUCUGGAGUGCCCCCAACUACUGCUACCGAUGUGGCAACCUGGCCAGUGUGCUCGAAGUCGGACCUGGUGGCGAGCGUAAAUGGAACGUUUUCGACGCCGCACCCGAGAACGAAGCACACAGGCUGGAACAGCAGAAUCAGCAACAGCAUGCUGGAAACGACCCUGUCAGGGACUACUUCCUCUGA